AUGGAUAUCGAGAUGUCUAGACGGAAUAAGAAACCGAGACUGCUCCUCGAUUCUGAGAAGCAGAAACUCGAGGAGUUUGUGGACAGCAUUCACUACUCUGCCAGGUGGGCAAACACCCCCCCUCGGCUUUUGGCAGAGAGCCCCAUGCUAACUGGCUAUAUGACUAGGUAUUCUGAUAACGAGUAUGAAUACAGACACGUUCAGCUGCCGAAGCCCAUGCUCAAGAAGAUCCCCACCGAAUACUUUGAUCACUCCAAGGGCACGUUGAAGCUGUUGUGGGAAGAAGAGUGGCGGGGACUCGGGAUCACUCAGGUACGGGCUACCGCCACCUGGACGGAAGAACAACAGUAA